CUCCCUUUGUUUACAAGACCACUGACAUGCGAAAGACGAUCUAGCAGGACCCAGAACUUCAUGAGACGAUUGCAUUUUGAAAAUCAAGUAUCAAUACUGGUUUCAUUAUAGUUAUAUCUACAUUAUAUAUAUGUAUAUAUACAUGUAUAUCCAACACAUUUGAUAUAAAAUGAUAAAGUCAUGAAUGAAAACAGUAAUAAAUGUGAUAUAUGUGGUGAACAGGAAUGUCUAGGACAUUUACAUUUGUACGUAGAAACAAACAUCGAAGAUGAAAACAAUGUAACACCUACUGAAGAAAACGGAACGAAUAUUAUCACUGAAAAUGUAACAUAUACUGAUGAUGAAAACGAAAUAUACCAUGAUAAUGAUGAAAAUGAAAAACACACUAAUGAUGAAAGCAAAACACUUAAUUAUGGUGAAAAAAAUAAUUUAGGACUUAGUUAUGAUAAUGAAACAAACACAAAUGAUGAAAAAGAAACUUUAACUAAAUAUGAAAAGGAAACUCUGACUAAUGACAGAAAUAGUGACAAAAACUUUAAAUGUUAUUUAUGUGGAAAACUAUUUGGUCAAAAAGGUAGUUUACAGAUACACUUGAGAUUCCAUAAUAAUGAAAAACCUUUUACUUCUGGUAAUAUAGGAUAUUUAGAAGCAAAUAAGGAAAAACAUUCUCGUGUAAAAACUUAUAAAUGUGACAUAUGUUGUAAAACUUUUCGUUAUUCUAAUUCGUUUUUAAAACACAAAAAAAUGCAUACUGACGUGAAAACUAAUGAGUGUGAUGAAUGUGGUAAAUUGUUUUAUGAUAUUAAAGACUUCAAGCGUCAUUUGAAAAAUCAUACCAGUGAAAAAAAACAUAAAUGUGACGUAUGUGGUAAAAGUUUUGCUCAUGAAUCUAUAUUGCGGACACACAAGAGAAUUCAUAGUGGAGACUAUCUUUAUAAAUGUGAUGUUUGCGGUAAAUCAUUUAAUCAAAGUGGAAAUUUAUUGUCACACAUGAGAGUACACACUGGUGAGAAACCGUUUAUGUGUACUGUAUGCGGUAAAAAGUUUACACAGAGUAGCACAUUGACGCUGCACCUGAGAAUACAUGCUGAUGACAAACCUUUCAAAUGUGAGCAAUGCGGGAAAUUUUUUCGUUGGAAAGGCGAUUUAAAAAAUCACAUUGCAAAGCAUAGCGGCAAAAACCUUUAUGAAUGCCAUAUUUGUGGUAAAAAGUUAAGUCAGAGUGAAAAUUUAAGAGAACACAUUAGAAUACAUACUGGUGAAAAACCCUUCAAAUGUGAUUUCUGUGGUUUUGAGUUUAGUAGAAAAAAUUACUACAAGAAACAUAUUAAAAUGCAUACUGGAGAUCAACCUUAUAAGUGUGGUGUGUGCAACAAAGGAUUUAAUUACAACACAGGCCUCCAAACUCAUAUGCGAAAACACACUGGAGAAAAACCGUACAAUUGCGAUGUUUGUGGUAAAAAGUUUAAUCAGAAUAGAAGUCUAAAAACUCACAUAAAGAAACAUGCUUGUGAAAAAGUAGAAAAUUAUAAAUGCGAUAUUUGUCGUAAAGGUUUUCUUAAGUUAAGUGACUUACAGAGCCAUACUAUGAUUAUUGAAAGCAAAGAAUUGAAGAUGUAUUUUUGUGAACAGUGUGCAUCUGGUCAGCAAUAAAUAACAAACAAAUAAUC